AUUAAUUCUGUAAUUUAUCGAACUACGUUUUGGGAAGGAGGGGGUGAAAAUAGAGUGGGUGCAAGGUUCUUUUUCGCUCCAAUAUUUUUCACGCGUCCAAAAGUAUGCAAAACUGUCCAUUCCAGCGGCACACAUGAAAGAAAAAAGGAAAAGAAACAAUAUUCUAUCGUCACCUAAAUUAAUUCAUUCGUUUUGCAGGAACUGACCAAAUAGCAAGAUAAAUUCCGCGUGCAUAUGCAACCAUAUGUAUAUAAAGCCAAUAUGUAAAACGAUUUUUUAACGUUGAUUGUCAAAGUCGAAGUGAACGCCCUCUUGCUGAAGCAACAGAUGGCAGGCGAAGGGGAUAAAGAAGCUUGCGUUCACGAAACCAAGAGGUCACCUUUGCAAAUGCCACAAGUUUUCAACCGUCUGGUUCAGUUACCGAUUGUAAAAUCAACUUGCGAAAAAGUGUCUGAGAUGUACGAACGUACGAAGGAGUAUAGUCUUGUUUCGAUGGUCGGGUUGAGCGCUGCAGAGGUGUCGAUAAACGCAGUUGUGGUCGCCGCCAAGGUGACAUAUACUUCUUUGCCUUCCUCUGGUGUGAUGGGGAAAGUGAAAGAAGGUUUCGAAGAAAAAGGUAAGUUUAUUGAUGGAUUUCUGCAGCUCGUCAAGGUUGUCUGAGACCGCUAGUAAAAUCGUAGGGCUUUGUUGAGAGGACGUGUGCAAUUUGUUGAGGAAGGGUUGGUUUAUUUUGUCUCACUUAGAUUCUCAAACACAAUCAAGUCAAUUUGGGUACAGUCUUAUCGGAGCCUUUUCCUUUGAUAUUACAAUUAGUAAUAUUUUGUUAGGCUUUGCAAAAUUCAGUUAUUACCAUGUUUCCUGCAAGAGUUCAAUUUCACCUUCCCCUAAUAUGAAAAAUGAGGCUUUGAAGCUAAGAAAAGUGUGAUAAAGAUUUUUUUAAUCAUUUUGCAAGGGUUUGCAAACACCUUACCUUGAAGAGUAGACUGCAGCAUCAAAUUUAACCCUUUGACUCUAAGAGUGACUAGCAUCUAAUUUCUCCUAACAAUAUCGCCUCUGGACCAAAUUUUAAAGUCACGAGAAUAAAGGAAAUGAUCACCAACUAAAGCUCCUGAUCGUUAAACAAAUUCUCCUUAUCAGCACCUUAGGAAAUGUAUUGAGAACAGUAUGGAGAAUAUGCAUACCAAUUUUAGGGGUGUGAAGGGUCAUAAUACAUUUUCAAACAGUUUUCCAAGCCGAUUCAAUGGCCUGUGAUGGACUGACAUUCCUGGAGAAAAAAUGGCCGAUAAUAAAGGACAACACAGAACAAGUAAGUAAAAAGCCUCUUACAGGAAAAUAUCAAUUUUGAGUCAAGACGUCAUUAUCGACAAUACGAUCUGCGAUAGGAGUAAGGCCGAGGAUGACAUUGUUAUGAAUCGAAACUUGCUAUUUUCUUAGGUAAAUUACCACUCUGUUAUCAUGCUAAAUAGCUUCUCAUCUCGCGUUCUUUAUUUAAGAACGUCUUCCAGGGCUGCACACCCACUCAAGGGUCGGCAUGUCGACUUGGCACAUAAUUGCAAAAUGGAGAAUCAGGGCUAUAGGGCGUGGUCGCGUACGACAGGAUUUUUUUUUUAUGACGAUGUUUAAAAUGGUGUCUUUAUUUCAGGGGUAUGCUGGAUUGUUUCCAGCCCGGGUAAUUUUAUUUUUGUCUUUACAAGAGAGAAAAUUAGAUUCUAGGAUGUAGGUGCUACCCCACGUCUUCCCGGGUAAAACCCUAUAAUUGAUAUGUCUUUUGUUUCUGUUGACAGGUUUUGACAAUCGGAGCUAAGAAACUGGAGCAGUCAGAUCUUGCGGAAGUCUUACUCACUGUUACAGAAGCAGCAAUUGAAUACCUCCUCCCACCUCAAGAAAAAUGUAUGAAGGAGGGUGCUGCUGAAGCCCCGCUUUACCAAAGUAAAGUCGAUCGAAUCCAGGGAAUCGUUAAUGUGAUCAAGGGUGAAGGGGAAAAGGCAAGGAAAUGAAUAAUUAUUUGACAAGGCGCAAUGAUGACAGUGCAUGAUUCGAAUUCUAAGCCGUGCUCUCGAUCUUCUGUUUGAUUUCCUUGAAUUUUAUGUGCCUCUUCUAGGUUAUAACGCGGGCAGCCUCGGUUCCAGGUCGAGUCACUCUAGCUGCGAUUGAUGGCGCCAAAACUGUAGCCACGUGGUCAUGGGGCAUCUCUCAAAUCCUGCUGCAAAACGUAACGGUAAAGGAACAAAUCUAGCCACCAAUUCAGUAUAAAUACGUUCUAAUCGGUAAAUUUAACUAAUUUCAAUCGAGGAUGCGACAAUUUAGGUUAAACUCUUCGCUUUCGAGAGUGAAUCGAGUAAAUUCACUAGCUCGUCAACACAAAGCAAAAAGUGCUGAUUGUGAUUUUAACUCAUUUUAUGUGUUAGUGAUUUGUCGAUUUUUAAAAGUAAUUUUCAUAACCCACCCUUGCCAAUGAUAGGUAAUAGGAAGAAUGGUCGGAGCCUUUUGGGACGUUUGGAACGCUACAAAACGGAAAACUUUUUUUUUCUUGCCGUCGUUCCUCGGAGGAAGAGGAGGAGAAGGAAAGGUUUGUCAUUUACAUUGUUGUACUCCUUCCGGAAAAAAAAACUGAUCUUGCUAAUGUCAUAACAGUAUUUUGCAGAACACCUUUCAGUCUCUUUGCGCGAAGACUAAUUGCCUUGGUUAUCCAAGACUUUGAUUGAAAUUCAAAUUCUUUUCUGAAGAUAACCGUUUGAGACAAAUGUGUUCACCAAUCAUUCUAUCAUAUCAGAGAUAUUGGGGUAAAAUUAAUCAAAAGUGUCAUAUUUAUGAAUCAAAACUGGAAGUAACGAUAGCAUACCAAUCUUUAGAUGCACCUCAUAGUUAAAAAUUAUUCAUUCAAGUGUAGGUGGUUCCUCGUGUACUCCUUUAGAUUAGGAAGAAAAGAACCCCGAUUACUCAGAAUGAUUAAGCAUUUUUGAAUUGUGCAAAAAACUUUUGCUUUCCCCUGCCCUACAGGAGCGGCUUGGACGAAAGAAAAACCCGACAAGAUCCAGUCGCUACAAACCUAAAGCAGAAUAUUCUCGAAUCAUCGAUGCUUCUCAACCAUUCCCCGUUUCUCCCGAACGGAAGCGAAGGUACGACAGAGAAGACGAAGACGGUGCCUUGAUAGUGGAGCUUAUACACGUCAGCGAGGAUUACGUUUCCGAUGAAGAUCCGGACUAUGUUCCGGAUGAAGCCGACCUCGAGAAAAGUGAGUCAUCGGAAGACGAAGACGAUGACGACGAAGCUGAGGAUAGAGAAGACGAACAAGGUGACAAAGAUGAAACGGAGACUGUCGAAGUGACGGGAUCAAAUGAAAGUUCCCCCAAAAAAGAGGAGAAGUCAAAUCCAAAAGAGUCAAAGGAGGCCAGGGAGGAAAUGAAAAGGGAGCGAAAUGGCGAGGUCAAGGAGACGUCUAAGAAAAACGUUUCUGUCAAAGAUGAGAAGAAAACAGAGGACAAGGGUGGUGAACCUAACCAUAGCCAGAAAAACGACGGAAAGGAAGUUGGUGCCAAGAAUCAUGAUUUAUCGAAGAAGGAUGCAAAGAUAGCUGCCAAAAGCAGUGAAAAAUCAGGAAGUCCUCAUAAAACUGAAGGAAGAAUUGUCCUGUAAGACUGAUUGCAUCUUUGUAACCUUCCUUACCACUGAAUUGUAUGUUUCUUUUUCUAGUUACAAGGAAUGCUUCAUGGAGACAUGUGUAAUUAUUGUAUUUAUCAUGUUUGUCCGUGAAAAUAGGUAAGCCCAGCACUACUAGGAUUUAAAGUCAUUAUGCUCAUAAGAGCUUCCGCGAAAUGAGUAUCUGUUAGAAGUAAGUAUGUCCAUGAUAAAGUGUAUGAUAAAGGACAGUUGCAGCCGAGAAAGAAGAGCCUUUGACAAGUGCGUGUUGCCAUUUACUGCGAAUAAAAAGUAUUAUUUUUCGGUG